AUGCGUCUACCUAAUCUUCUCGCUGUCGCGAUGCUCCUCGGCCUCGGCGCCACCGCCGCCUUGCCCGUCGAAGAUGUCACGGACAUGACAGACUCCGAAGACGUCGCAAAUGACGCAAUGGCGAAACCACCUCCGCACAAAGUAGAAAAGCCAUGGAUGAUGUGGGGUAUGUGCGCUAUAGCAUCGAACCAAUGCAUCAUUCACGGGCCUCACGGUGAACGCAGAUACCAGUGCAAGAACUUUGUUCUGUACAAGGGAUGGGGGCACGUGUCGCGGACAAUAUACGACAACACCACGCAUUAA